CCUCAGUUGGUUUGCUCUGAACGUUCUGUACGGAACCCAACGGUAUGAUCAGGAAGUGAAGGGCGGUGGUUGAGAGAAGAGCAGAACCGGGCUAGCUGACCAGAAUCGGGUUGUUGUUGUCAGGUAUAAAACAGUCAAAAUGUCGAGCAAAAGGGCUAAGGGAAAGACCACAAAGAAGCGCCCCCAGCGCGCCACCUCCAAUGUCUUCGCCAUGUUUGACCAGUCUCAGAUUCAGGAGUUCAAGGAGGCCUUCAACAUGAUUGACCAGAACCGGGACGGGUUUGUGGACAAAGAGGAUCUUCACGACAUGCUCGCCUCACUGGGGAAAAAUCCAACUGAUGAGUACCUGGAGGCCAUGAUGAUGGAGGCUCCCGGACCCAUUAACUUCACCAUGUUCCUCACCAUGUUUGGGGAGAAGCUCAAUGGCACAGACCCCGAGGAUGUGAUCAGAAACGCAUUUGCUUGCUUCGAUGAGGAGGGCACAGGUUUCAUCCAGGAAGAUUACCUCAGAGAGCUGCUCACAACAAUGGGUGACCGGUUUACAGAUGAGGAGGUGGACGAGCUCUUCAGGGAGGCUCCCAUUGACAAGAAAAGCAACUUCAACUAUGUGGAGUUCACACGCAUCCUAAAGCACGGUGCCAAGGAUAAGGACGAUUAAAGAGCCGUGCCGGCGUAAACUCCUUCCUCCACCCUCUUCGCCUCUUCUGUCAGCUAGAUCACCGUGCUGCAUGUCUCAACUUCUCCAGUAUAAACCCCCAUUUUAAACAAACCAAAGCAAUAACUAUCCACUGUUUUUUUUUUUUGUUUGUUGUGAACUUCCAGUAUUGCCAAAUGUACACAUCUCAAAUGAGGAGAAAAAAUAGGUUGUGAAAUAUUAUUUUUUUCUGUCAUGUUAAGAUGUGAAGUGGCAGCACCUUGGAAGCUCUAAGGGAUAAGUCUUUGCAAUCCAUGUGAUCGGGUUUAGCUGAAUUUUUACAUUUUAUAAUAUAAACUUUUUAAAUAAAAGCCCUCUAUCAAGUUGUACUUUGCUGACUGUUUUUCCCUUCCAUAAAUGACAACUGAAAUAAG